AUGGCGCGGUCGGCGACGCGCGUCGAACAUCCGCGCCCCCCCGCGCGCGACGACGCGGCGUCGGCGUCGAGCAGCGCGCUGCCGUCGAGCCGCGACAUCGAGGCCGAGUUCGGGCUCUACGCGGGCGACGAGUGCGACGUCGAGAUCGACGACGAGGGCGACGUGCGAUGCGCGUGCGAGGGCUGCGCGCGAUGGAAAGCGUACGUCUCCGGCACGCUCGGUCCGCCGCAUCCGACGUGGCCGCAGUACGAAGUCUUCACGCGCGAGCACAUGCGCGCGCUCGCGGAGUACCUCUCGAAGCGCGCGCGCGCGUACGCGGACGAGGACGAGGACGAGGAUCGGCCGCGCCGUCGCGCGCUCGAAGUUCUCGAAGUCGGCGCAGGCGACGGGAGACUGUCGCGCGCGCUGAACGACGAGUGCGCCGCCAUCGCGCGCGCGUCGCCGUCCAGGGGGGUGUCGGUGACGGUGCGACCGACGGACGACGGAUCGUUGGGACUGGCGCGCGGAGAUCGCGUCGUCCGGGACGGGGCGCCGGAACCGCCGGAACGCGUCGACGCGGCGGCGGCGCUCGAACGGUACCGUCCGACGAUCGUCCUCGCGUGUUGGCAGCCGAUGGGCGUGGACUGGACGGCCGCGAUGCGCGCGUGCGACGCGGUGCGAGAGUACGUGCUCGUCGGGGAGACGGACGACGGCGUGUGCGGGCGGCCGUGGGAGACGUGGGGGUAUCGCGGCGGCGGCGGCGGCGGCGGCGGCGGCGGCGGCGACGGCGACGACUCCGACGACGACGACGACGCGCGACGCGUGAGUUACGAGAUCGAAGCCGCCUUCAGCGGCGACUUCGAAACAGACGUCGCCGCGUUUCGAUUAGCGAUGCGUCGCGACCCUCACGUCGCGGCGGUCGUUAACGGAUCGCGGACCGAGAAAGAAGACUCCGACGACGCCGACUCCGACGACGAGCCGCCGCCGCACGAAAAGGACGGGUUCGCGCGCGUCGACUUGAAAGACGUGAGCGCGCGUCAGAUUUGCCGCACGGACGAGCGGUGGCGCGCGAGGCGACAGUCUAGGACGGUGUCGUUCCGCAGGGUAGGAAAGGAGGAUGGUAGAAACGACGAGUAG